AUGUGCAACGCUGCACAUACAAACAUCACUCAUGGCAUUGUCUCUCCUGCCCAUCACUUGUGGUGAUAGGCUGUCAGGCUGAUGGCUACACUUGAACAUUACCUUCAUCAAUCUUCACCUAUAAAUUCUUGGCCAGCUGAACACACCCACUUCAUUCACAAACAAGAUACUAGCAAUCUAAGCAUCCAAUUUCAGAUCAACCAGACUGCAUCUAGUUUAGCCAAAAAGCUAGCAAAUCAACCAUGAUCAGUGCAAAGAAGCUUGCUCAGUUGGCCAAGAAGUUGCAGAUGAGGAUGGCAUCAGCCGGUGGUAGCCGACAGAAGGCGGUGGUCGCCGCCGAUGAUUGCUGCAGCACGGCGUCUCUAUCCCUCGCCGGCAAGGGCCACUGCGCGGUGUACACCGCCGACGGCGCGCGGUUCGAGGUGCCAUUGCCGUACCUAGGCACGCCGCUCUUCGGCGAGCUCCUGACCAUGUCCCGGGAGGAGUUCGGCUUCGCCGGCGACGACGGCAGGAUCACGUUGCCGUGCGAUGCGUCGGUGAUGGAGUACGUCAUGUGCUUGCUUAGCAGAGAUGCCUCUGAAGAGGUCGAGAGGGCGUUCUUGAGCUCCAUGGCGAGGCCCUGCCGCAAUAUCGGAGUAAUCAGCCACCAAUUUGCUGUUUGUACUUAGCUCAUUAGCUCCUAGCUCCUGAUGUAAACUCAUCCGGAUGAUAAUACAAAAGUAGCACAAUUUUCCUGUCGAAAUUCUUGCUUUCGUGUCUGAACUCUGAACUCAAAAAGUCUGAAAUCUGAAUUCUCAACUCGUCAGAGUCGAACUCCUGUAUUGAUGACCUUCCGAUCAGAAUCGCACGGUACAGAUCGAUUCGAGCGGAGAAGUCUCAAGUCUGGAGUCUUUUUGCAGAUAAGCCACUCGAGUUACCCAGAAUUAUCUUUUCAUCCACGACGGUGAGGGUUAGUGUUUGCUUGCUCUCGCCGCCGCCGCCGGCGGCCGCCGCUGGGACUCCGUUCCCCACAAUGCGGCCACCGACGUGGAGCCCGCCUGACGGCGGCGAUGGGCGCGGCGUCAGCGUACGCGGAAGUGUGCUCGCGGCAUCUCAUCGUGUCGACUCUAGCGCGCACCUCUCCCCAUGUUCUGGUAUUAAAAUGCAGAAUCAGAUGGUGAUAUAUGAUAAGGAGAGAUUAUGCACUGGAAGUGCCCCUUUCCAUUGCUGGUGUUAAAGUGCAGGAUCAGAUGGUGAUAUAUGAUAGAGAGAGAUUUUAUACCUGAAGUGACCAUCAGACAUAUCCAAGAUGUUAGUAUGUUACUACUAUGAGCAUAAUGGAGAACUUCUGCCCAAAAGACUGAAGUUUUAGGACUGUUGCCUACAGGUUAUUUGCUGUAUACACGCAGAAUUUCAUCGUCUUCUGACGAACCAAAGUUGCUUCUUUCCAUUGCUUGUAAGUUGUUACCUCUCAAAGAUGUCAUUUUUUUUUUCAA